UAUAAAUAAUUUAUAAUAAAAAUAAUUCUAAUUAAGCAAACAAAAAACUAGAUAAGUAACACAUCCAAAUCAAAUAUUCAAUACUUUUAUUGCUUUAUUUACCAUACUUAUCAUAAGCAAAACUUCUCAAAGCUUGAUUAACAAAUGGAGAUCAAUAAUAACGUAAUUGAAGGUGUCUAUGAAAAAUGCUAUGAAAUCUUGUUUUAAAACUUAAAAAAUGAAUCUGACUAGAGAUAAAUGCUGGAAUUUAUGCAACUCACUAAGACUAAAUGCUUAGAAAUUUACUAAAAGCGUUAUACUGAAUAUGAAUAACAAAUUACAGCUAAAUAUAAUGCUUAAUAUAUGUAGUAAAUUGGCUCUUUAACAAACGAGCUUGAAAAGCAGCUCAUAUAUGAAAGAAAAGUUAAUUAAGUAUAUAAUGAAAUUAACUAAGAACUUAACUAAAAAUUAUAAGCCUCUCUAAUAUUUGGAUCAAUAUUUUAUAGUUUAGGAGACUUCCGUCUAAAAUAAGAAAAAAUUAAAUAGUAGAACUUAUAAAGCUAAAAUGAGGCCUAAAAAUAAAAAAUCGAUAAGCUCAAAAAAGAAACUGUUUGCUUGAUAAACAUGAACAAAACUAAAGACGAUUUUAUUCUCUAGCUAAAAGAUAAAGUAAAUGCCUUGUAGAAAUAGUCCAACACUCAAAGUUCUAAUCAAGAAUACAGUCCACCAUAAUUCAAGAUAAAUACUGAUUGCUUAGGAAAUACACCAGAAGUUAAGAAUGAAAGUAGUAGCUUAGCUGGUAGUAGUGGAAGUAAUAAAAGUCUGGGAACUUAUAUUAAAGAACUUAAUGAAGAGUCAAAUUAAUCUAGCUAAGACGAAAAUCACAAUAAAAUCUAAGAAGAAAAAACAGAACCUACUUUGCUGUCAAUCACUAGUGAUUUUGAUAUGUACAAUUAUUCAUUUGGUAAACUUUUCAAAAAUAAAUCCUUGCAUAUGCUAGAGGAAGUUAAUUAGUAAAAUCUUAAUAUAGAGUUACCAUAGUAAAAUGUUGUUAAAGAUUCUAUAAAAGAAGAAGUCUUUCCAAAAACAACACCUAAUGCUUAAACAUAAAAAAAAUAAUAAGAUUUCACAUAGUAGCUUAAUACUAAAUAAGCAACAAUUUCACUUUUCAAUUCUAAUUCUGAUUAAACUCUUGGAAAAAAGAUACCUUCUCCUAUUUAUAAUGCAAAAAAGUCAAAAGAAAAAUAUUAAAUAGUAAAUAUAACUCCGUCAAUGUACAGAUUAAAAAAAGUAAAUAGCUAAUCUCUAUCGUGUAAUUUUAGCUAAGGCUAGCUUUUUAAGGCAGAAGCAGAAUAAUUGAAUGAAAUGGUAAUAGAACCAACUUUAUCAAAGCAACUAAAAUAUCAAAAUUAGUCUAGCAUAAUAAAUAAUUAAAAUAGCAACUAAAAUUUUUUAAAUAGAAUGAAUAAUAAUGAUGCCCGUUCAUUUAUUUUUACCCACAAAUCUCACCUAAAAACUUAAGUGAUUCACAACAAUUAAUAGACUAAGAAAAAAAUAUGA